AUGAGCUACGCCCUGGCUGCGUAUCCCAAUCGAUACACCGUAAUCCAGACCGGUGACAGGAAUGGCAAUACUCUCCCAGCCGCUGUCGUGGACGGUGUGGUGACCCAUCCGUUCCACUACGGCUGCCCUCCUGCGUCGCCAGAACAACAAACUCAGUGUCCUCGGAGCAGCAGUAUUCUUGUCACCUUUAGCCAUCUACUCCCUCGCACGGCUCAACAGCCGCUCUUCAAGACCAAGGCACAGCCUGCAAGCCGAAACAGGGUGGAGGCGGUGGCUUGCCGACAAGUUUAA